AUGCAUUGCAUAGCAAGAAAUAAUGUUUUUAUAGUGAGUAAUUACCUUGGAGAAAUGAACCAUAUUUGUCAAUAUUGUGGUGCCAAAAAAUUUUUAAAUGAAACACAUUUUCUGUGCUGCCAUUCUGGAAAAGUUGCGUUAGCUCCACUUUCGCCAUAUCCACUGCUCAUGCACAAUUUAAUGACAGGCAACCAUGUUGAUCGUGCUAUGAAUCAAAAUUUCUUCAAGCAUAUUCGAAGUUAUAAUGCCUUUUUAUCUUUUGCUUCAUUCACAGCAAGAAUAGCUCCUCCGUCUGAUCAUGGGCCACCCUGUUUUAGGAUUUGCGGACAAAUUGUGCAUCGUGUUGGUAAUCUGAGACCUGAUCAAAAUGUUCUGCCUGCAUAUUGUCAGUUAUAUGUUUAUGAUCCUAAUACUGCUUUAAAUUUUCGAAUGGAGCAAAAUGAUUGUUGCAUACGUGAGUUGAUGGAAUUUUUGCAGACUAUAAUUAGUCAAGAGAACCCAUUUGCUCUUGCAUUUAAAAACAUGGCUGAAAUUGAAGAUGAAGAAGUACGUCAAGCAGCUUUAGAAGGUCGACCAACUUCGAUUGUUAAAAUGUCAUUGCUUGAAGGUGGUGAUAGACGUCGAUACAAUCUUCCUUCACAUGAGGAAGUUGCCAUUGUUUUUGUUGGGGAUGAUGGUGCUCCACCUCCAUCUAGGGAAGUAGUUAUAUACCCUCGAGGUCAGGCCUUAAAAACAAUUUCAAGUAUGUCUGCAAAUCUAGAUCCAAUGAUAUAUCCAAUAUUUUUUCCAAGAGGUGAUGCUGGAUGGCAUGAGCAACUAGAGCAUCAUCCUGACCGAGCUACACGUGUUAGAAAUCGGUAUGCUGUUGAUGCAUAUGUCAAGAUUGAAGGUCAGCGCCUUGCUUUUAUUAGAAAUAACCAAAACAGACUUAGAAGUGAACAAUAUGAUACAUUAUAUGAACAUGUAAAUAACGCUGCAAAUAACCUUAAUGUAAGACCAGGUCGUGUUGUUAUACUACCAUCCUCAUAUGUUGGAAGUCCAAGAGCUUUAAAAGAAAAUUUUGAAGAUGCAAUGGCAAUUAUAAAGAGAUAUGGCAAACCAGAUCUUUUUAUUACUUUUACCUGCAAUCCAAAAUGGAAAGAAAUUACAGAAAAUUUAAAUCCAGGUGAGAGCCCAUCUGACAGACCUGAUUUAGUUUGUCGUGUAUUUAAGAUGAAACUUAAAUGCUUCCUAGAUGAUAUUUUUAAACACGGAGUCUUAGGUAAAGUUAUAAGUCAUGUACAGGUUAUUGAGUUUCAAAAACGUGGUUUGCCACAUGUACAUAUUUUAUUGCACUUUGUAAAUGAUGAUAAGCUAGAAACAGCAGAGGAUAUUGAUAGUCUAAUAUCAGCUGAAAUUCCAGAUCAAACUGUUGAUCCUGAACUUUUUGAAAUUAUAAAAACAUGUAUGAUUCACGGACCAUGUGGAAUUUUGAAUCCCAAUUCUUCUUGCAUGAAAGAUGGGAUUUGCACAAAAAAGUUUCCUAAAGAAUUUAAUCCUCACACUGAUGCAACUUUCAAUGGCUAUCCUCACUACAGGCGUUUAGAUAAUGGUAGAGUAGUCGUUAUAAAAGGUAACCAAGUUGAUAAUCGAUGGGUUGUACCCUACAACCCUUGGUUAUCUAAAAAAUACCAAGCACAUAUUAAUGUUGAAGCUUGCAUGUCUAUUAAGUCAGUUAAGUAUUUAUAUAAAUAUGUCUAUAAAGGGCAUGAUUGUGCUCAUGUGUUAAUUAAUGAAAGUCUUGACCAUGAUGAAAUUAACACAUAUUUAGAUUGUCGCUUUGUUUCUGCACCAGAGGCUCUUUGGCGAAUAUUUGAGUAUUCCAUAAGUGAUAUGUCACAUACUAUUAUCCGCCUUCAAGUCCACCUUCCUGAUAAUCAGAGGGUAUAUUUUAACGAAGGAGAAGAACGAGUAGCUAUAGAUCGUGCUGCACAGCGUGACACUCACCUAACCGCUUGGUUUAAAUUAAAUGCUGAGAUAAAUGAAGCACGUCAGUAUUCUUAUGUUGAAAUUCCAUAUCACUUUGUUUUUGAUGGUAAAAAUUGCAAGUGGAAAGUAAGACAAAGAGGCAGUGAUAAGGUGAUUGUGCGAAUGUAUAAAGUCAAUCUAACCAGUGAAGUAUUUUUUCUUAGAUUGUUGCUUUUGCAUGUAAAAGGUGCAAUGUCUUUUGAGAAUUUGCGUACUAUUCAUGGCACUGUUUUUAAUACAUUUCGUGAAGCAUGUUAUCGAUUAGGUCUAUUGCAAGAUGACAUUGAAUGGAGAAAUACAUUAACUGAAGCUGUAGCAACUCGAAUGCCUAAACAAAUUAGGCAACUGUUUUCCAUUAUAUUGACUUUAUGUGAACCUGAUGAUCAUUUACACCUUUGGAAUACAUUUAAAGAUUAUAUGAUUGAGGAUUACAUACACCAUUCAAUGCCAGUUGUACUUGCUGAACAGACUGCUCUUCGUCAAAUUGAAUCUAUAAUUAAUCAGAGUGGUAAAACUUUAACUGAUUAUAAUUUGCCUACAUUAGAUCAGUUAUUAGAUAAUGUCCUAGAAAAUGAUGAUGGAGAUAUUCAGGUAUUUAUUGAUGAAGCAAAUCGAGUUAGACCAUUAUUAAACGAUAAUCAGCGUAAUGUAGCUGAUGCAAUCCUUGCUGCACUUAGUGAAGAACCUAAUAAUGAAAAUAAGCAUUCAAGAUUUUUCUUUAUGGAUAGGCCUGCCGGUUGUGGUAAAACAUUUACUUACAAUUAUUUAAUUGCUGAAACACGCAGCAGGCAUAUUAGAACUGCAACAGCUGCAUGGACAGGAAUAGCUGCAACUCUUCUUAAGAAUGGAUGCACAUUGCACGGCUUAUUCAAACUUCCUGUUCCAAUUUUGGAAACUAGCACAUGUAAUGUAACUCCAAACUCCAUUCAUGGUAGAUUCCUGAGGCAAGUUAGUUUAUAUUUACUCGAUGAAGCAUCUAUGAUACCCAAACAUGCUUUGAGUGCCAUUGAUAAGUUAUUACAAGAUAUUUGUAAUAAUAAGUUUCCUUUUGGUGGUAAAGUUAUUCUUAUGGGUGGAGAUUUUCGACAAAUACUUCCAGUUGUGAAGAGAGGUCGACCAGCAGAUGUUGUAGAAUCAUGUAUAAAGUGUUCUGAACAUUGGCAAUAUGUGCAAAGGUUUUCAUUAACUGAAAAUAUGAGGGUUCAGAUAGGAGAAGAGGAAUUUUCUCAAUGGCUUUUAAAGCUUGGAAGUGGAACAUUACCUGUCAAGCCUGAAGAUCCUUUGCAAGGGUGUAUUGAAAUACCUGAGCAGUGUUUUCUCAAUGAUAAUGAAUCUAUUGUGGAAAAGAUUUUUGGUGGUGCAGAAGAAGCUGAUUAUGCAAAACGUGCUAUUUUAACACCAACAAAUGUUGAUUCAUUGGCAAUAAAUGAAGAAGUCCUUCAUCGAUUACCGGGUGAUGUUAAAACUUAUUUAAGUUCAGAUAGCAUUGAAACUGAUGAUCAUAAUGAAAUUUAUAAUUUUCCAGUUGAGUUUUUAAAUACUUUGACUCCAUCAGGUAUGCCUGUUCAUUGCCUAAAGUUGAAAAUUGGUGCUGUUAUAAUGCUACUUAGAAAUUUAGAUCUCAAAGGUGGACUUUGUAAUGGAACACGUUUGAUAGUGCGUGCACUACACAACAAUUACAUUGAUGGUGAGGUUCUAACAGGUGUAUCAGCUGGUAACACGGUAUUUGUUCCUCGAGUUCAAUUAGCUCCAUCAGAUUCAAAUUUACCUUUUACACUUAAACGUCGUCAAUUUCCAGUUAGUGGUGUUACUUGGCAACGUGUAGUGCAAGAUUGUGAUCCUUGCCAGCCAAGUGGUGUUACUAAUUAG